AUGGCACCCUACACCAACAUCCCCCUCUCCCCCGCCGAACUGUCCUACCUCCACCACUCCCUCUCCCAAACACCACCCAUCCGCCCCGACGGCCGCGCUCCCACACAAUUCCGCCCUCUAGUCGCCGAGACAGAAAUUCUGCCGAGCGCUAAUGGCUCGGCGAGGAUUUGCUUUGCGGAUGGGACGGAGGCGAUUGUGGGGGUGAAGAUGGAGGUUGAGAAGACCGUCUUGGUGGGAAGAGGUGGUUUGCAUGUGCAGAGGGAGCAGGAGCGGGGAGAGAGGAGGGUUGAUGGGGAUGUGGAUAUGGAUGGUGAUGGGGAGUAUGAGGAGGGGAGAGGAGAGGGAAGGGACGAGUGGUUGGAGGUUGCGAUUGAGAUUCCCGGUAUGAGAGAUGACGAUGCGUUGCCUGUGUUCCUGGCUGCGAUGCUUACGGAGGCUAUGCUGGCGGAUGGGAGUGGUGUCAGGGAUAGGUUGUGGAUCAAUGGGAGGUUUCACUGGAGGUUGUUUGUUGAUAUUCUCCUUCUCUCGCAGCCGCUCUCGUACCCUCUCCCUCUCUUGUCCUUAACGACACACCUCGCGCUCCUGUCGACACGCAUCCCCGCGCUCAUCUCAGAACGCGACGAAGACCCCAUCUUCAACGACGACUGGGAAGCUUCAACCUACCUCUUCCCCCGAGACGACGCGAGUGGGAAAUCCACCACGAAACCUCCCAUCACCUUACUAGUGAUGACAGCAGGCUCCAACAUCCUCUUCGACCCCAGCAAAGAAGAGCUAGCAGUAGCCGACGCAGUAGUCGCAAUAUCAGCAGCAGCACAGGGACAGGAUAGACAGAUGAAGAUGGUGGCGCUCAGGACGGUCGAUCCACCCUCGAGGUUGACGGCCGCGGGUGUGCCGAAUCGAGCGGAUACUACGGCUGGGGGUGGGAUGUCUGCGGAGGAGACGUUGAAGCUGAGGGAGAAGGAUGCUGGGCAGAGUGUUUGGAGGCCACCGCGUGGUGGCGUGAGUAGAACGCUGCUGGCGCAGAUGAUUAAGGCGGUGGUUGAGCGGGGUGGUGUUGGGCGGGAGGUUAUGGAGGGGUUGAAUGCUGUGGAGACUUGA